AUGUGCAAGGCCUUCCCGCAAACUUUGACGAAUGUAGCUAGGGAUUGGUUCUCGACCUUAGAGCCCAACUCAAUAGCCUCAUUCUCGAAUUUAGCAGACAAGUUCUUCGCCUUCUUCGCAAGCAGUAAAUGCAUCAGGAAAACAGCAGCCUCCCUCAUGCAACUUCGACAGGGGCAGACCCUACGUAACUUCAUGAUCAGGUUCAACAAGGAAAGGCUCCAGGUUCCCGACCUUCAUAUAACGGCAGCAGUUUCUGCCCUCACAUAUGCCAUAAAGUGUGACGCUUUCAAAAUGUCGCUAUCCAAAACUCCGUCGAAGACAGUGACCGAGCUUCUUACCCGAGGCGAGAAGUACAUAAAUAUGGAGAAAACACUGAACUUGGGGAAGGUUGGACCAUCCCAUGAUAGGGUCGAGUAUAAACGAGCGCAUGACCCUAACCCCCGUCAAGAACCACCUCGGAGUAAACAGAGGCAGGAGGUUCCCCCGACAUCAUUCACGCGUUUAAAUACAUCGAAAACAAAUAUCUUGAUGGAGAUCAAGGAUAUGAAGGAGCUCAAAUGGCUUGCGAGAAUGAGGUCACCACCCCAGUCCAGGGACAUGAGCAAGUACUGUGAGUUCCAUCGGGAUCAUGGGCAUACCACGAAAAAUUGUAAAGCCCUGCAACGGGAGAUUGAAGCCCUUAUUAAAAGAGGACUUCUGAGUUCCUACGUCGGUAACGACAAACUCCCAAAGAAUGAUUGUGGUAGGGAAAGAGCUUCUGAAGCAAAAAGGGAUGGUUAA